GUUCAACAAAUAUAAGGUGAAGUGAACAAUGCCUUAAAUUACUGAUUCAGACUUAGGUUGACAUGCGGAAGGUUUUCUCCAAUCGUAAUUGGAAAAAGAAAAAAAAAUGAAAAGAAAGAACAUGUAUACUCCGUAUAUUUGUUGUUAAGUUGUGGCUGCGCUUCAACAAAUAUCCAGUGGGUUUUGGGAGGGAUUAAAAUUUACAGAAUAUUUAUCAGUACUAUCCUCUCCGCUGUUGUGAUGACCACACAUUCCUGCAAAUCAAUCUAAGCCCUUCCGGUUCGAAAGCCAGACCAUAAGAUCGAGCUAGCAGCUUAAGAAGCAAAUCUUUAUACAGUUGGUAAAAGUGACAACAGAUGCUGCAGCCGCUUCAGAACGCUCCCAAGGUAGUUUCUUUCUCUCCUACAAAUCAAACACACCCUUCACAACACAAAUAAGAAUAUAAGCAAAAAAACAUGGGAACAAUGAGCCAUUGCAUGCUCACUCCAUCACAAAACAACAUUUCAAAGUUCAUGUCCAAUGAUUAUCACCUCACAAUGCUUGAACAUCACUGCAACACAAUGCAUGACCUUAAGAAAAUCCAUGCCCACCUCGUAAAAACCGGCUUAUCUAAGCAUCCAAUAGCCAUCAGUCGUGUAUUAGCUUUUACUGCUACAUCCCCUGCAGCUGACAUUUACUAUGCUUAUUCCAUAUUCUCCCGUAUCCAUAAUCCAAACCUCUUUAUGUGGAAUACCAUUAUUCGGGGUUUCUCCCAAAGCUCGGUACCUCAUAACGCGAUUUUACUCUUCGUGGACAUGUUAAACAACUCAACAAUUGAACCUCAAAGCCUCACCUACCCUUCUCUCUUUAAAGCAUAUGCUCAACUAGGACUUACUGACUAUGGAGCUCAGCUUCAUGGAAGAAUAAUAAAAUUAGGCCUUGAGUUUGAUCCUUUCAUAAGGAAUACUAUCAUUCAUAUGUAUGCAAACUCCGGAAGUUUGAGUGAAGCCUAUAAGCUCUUUGAAAGGGAGGAGGAUUUCGAUGUGGUGGCUUGGAACUCACUGAUCAUGGGCCUAGCAAAGAAGAGGGAGAUUGAUGAAGCAAGGAGAUUAUUUUAUAAGAUGGGGUCGAAGAGAAAUGCCAUCUCGUGGAAUAUUAUGAUAAGUGGGUAUGUAAGGAAUGAUAAAUUUACGGAAGCUAUGGAGCUUUUCGAGAGGAUGCAAGAGGAGGGGAUCAAGGCAAGUAAAUUCACAAUGGUUAGCUUAUUAAACGCUUGUGCAAAUUUGGGAUCCCUUGAACAAGGAGAAUGGAUAUACCAAUAUAUAAGUAAGAACAGGUUUGAGUUUAAUGUCCUUGUGACUACUGCAAUUGUGGACAUGUAUUGCAAAUGUGGUGCCAUCAACAAGGCACGUCGAGUCUUUGAGAAGGCUACCAUCAAAGGGCUAUCAAGUUGGAAUUCUAUGAUUUUAGGCUUAGCAAAUAAUGGGUGUGAAGAGGAAGCGCUCCAGUUAUUCUCACAGCUUACCUCCUUAAACAUAGAGCCUAAUGAUGUCACUUUCCUUGGAGUUCUGACAGCUUGUAUAAACAAGGGUGAUGUCAAACAAGCCAGAGAACUUUUCUUGUUAAUGUCUGAAAAAUACAAACUUAAGCCAUCAAUUAAGCAUUACAACUGCAUGGUUGAAAUGUUAGGUCAAGAAGGCUUUCUCAAUGAAGCAGAACAGCUAAUAAGAGAGAUGCCAAUAGAACCGGAUGCUAUCAUAUGGGGAUCGUUGCUCUCUUCUUGUAGGAAGCAUGGAAAUAUUGAGAUGGCAGAACGGGCUGGAAUUCAUAUCCGUGAGAUUGACCCUAAUGAUAGUUCGGCAUAUAUACUUGUGUCUAAUGUCUAUGCAGCCUCAGGUCAGUUUAAAAGUGCCAUCAAACAGCGAGUUGAGAUGAAAGAGAAGCAAGUUCUAAAAGAAAAGGGAUGUAGUUCCAUUGAAACCAAUGGGGAAGUUCAAGAGUUCGCUUCUGGUAGAAUGUCAAACCCUGAAGUUCAAGAUCUAAUGAACCUUCUAUAUACUCACCAUUAUGAUGAAAAGUUGACUGAAGAAGUGAAUUUAUAAAAAUUUGGAUCAACAUUCUCUU